AUUCAAGAUGUUCGCGUUUGUAUGUUUCGUCAUAGUCUUUACUGUUACAACUAUUCGCGGAAACUGCGAUAGCAGUUUAUCGGUUGAUCUCCUUGAUGGGUGUAUUUUCAAUUCGCUGCUGGCAUGCGUGGAAAAAUGUGGCUGGGUGCUUUCGAGGGAAAUUUGUGGCCAAUCGGUCGACGCAGAGUCAUUCGACGUUCCUCCCGUGAUUUAUUUCGAUUUCGCUGAUCCGGAUAAACUGUAUAUGCUUAUCUUCAUCGGUUUGGGCGGAUCCCGAGAAGAAAGCAAACCUACUCUGUUGUGGGCUGUGAUGAAUAUACCGGGGUCUGCCUUGAUACAUGGGAUGACUUACAUGGAUGGCGACACUGUUAUGGACUAUAUCGCACCGGUCCCCUGGAUGAACGAGCAUCGCUUUGGGUUCUAUCUGUAUGAGCAGCUCGACGGAAUCAGCUAUCCACCAAUGCAGAGCGGUCAUGGAGAACUCGAUUUGGCCGACUGGAUUAAUUCGAUUUACCCCAAGGGAACACUUUGUGGCCCAAUCGCUUCGAUUGGGUUCAAGGCGUAGAGACUUAUAUGAUGUGAGUGUUCACCGAUUGCCGAUGUCCCGAAAUGCAAGAAUCGAGGAAUUUUCUUGGCACAAUUUAUUGACAACAAGGAAUGGAAGUGUACCGGCAGAUAAGAACUGUGUUGCCACGGCGUCGCUGCCAGCGUGCAGCAGCAUAUCUCGGGAGUGCAAAAUUUAUAUAGACAUCAUGUGCAUAACUAAGCUGUGACCAAUAAACGUCACGUACACGAAGGAUGGCUGUUUAACAAGUUUAUCAGAGAAAUUCGAGGGUCCACAACUAGGAAGGGUAGUGAACCGGCGGAUCCAUUCAGCAGUCAAUUUUCCCUCUCUACACUUUCUUCAAUUGUCCUGCUGACGACACAACGACUACACCGACGACGACGAUCAGGUCCGAGGCCAUUAUUUAAUGUUGAGGAAAUAAUGUGCAACGAGAAAUGUCAUGCGAAACGAGCAGAGAUAAGAUUUGCUUCUUGCAUACGAUCGACAACGUCGGCGUUUACAUGCGCGAUA